AUGAUACGAUACUUGUUCGAUAAUGGUUAUUUGGAAUCAGCAGAGAAAAUGCAAUCGGAAACUGGUAUUUCAUUGAAAAAGUUUGAUACAGCCGACAAUAUGGAUCUCAACACUGUAUUGAUUGAAUUUGAGGAAUAUUAUCAAAUGAAGUUUAUGAAAAAACCUAAAUUAUUUAGAAAAAUCCAAAGUGGAGAUGAAACAACUGAAUAUGGGCGAGUUCCACCAUCAAAAUCGCCUUCUACCUCACCCCCCUCAAAUAUUCCGACCACCAGUAAGCCAACAUCUUCCAUACCACAAUCCACAAAAACAGAGCAACCACCAACAUCUAAGGGUGUUGUAGCAACAAAAUCAGCUCUUGCAUCAACAAGAUCAAACAAACCAAAUCAGCAACCAGUUCAGGGAAACACAAACACCAAAACGACACAACAAAAAGAGGAAAAUAAGGAAAAUAUGGCAAUUGAUGUUUCUGGAAGAAAAAUUGAAAACAAGCCAAUUCUAAAGAAGGCAGUUUUAGAAAACGAUGAUAGUGAUGAUAGUGACGAGGAUUUCUUCGAGGAUCGAUUAUUAAAACCUCUUCCUGAGAAUUUAUUUUUCGGAGAUAUGAGAGAGCUGGCAGAAUCAAUCCGAAGAGAAAUUAUUGUUUCUAAUCCAAUGGUACACUGGAAUGACAUUUCUGGGCUAAGUUAUGCAAAGCAAAUGGUUAAAGAAGCAGUGGUUAUGCCACUUAAAUAUCCACAAUUUUUUACAGGUCUAUUGACUCCUUGGAAAGGAGCUCUUCUGUUCGGGCCUCCUGGAACGGGUAAGACAAUGUUGGCAAAAGCUGUAGCAACUGAGUGCAAAACGACAUUUUUCAACAUUUCAGCAAGCUCCAUCGUGUCAAAAUGGAGAGGAGACAGUGAAAAAUUGGUUCGGGUACUAUUUCAAUUAGCACGACAUCAUGCACCUUCCACUAUUUUUCUGGACGAGUUAGAUUCAAUCAUGAGCCAAAGGGUUUCUGCAACAGAACAUGAAGGCUCGCGAAGAAUGAAAACAGAGUUAUUGAUUCAAAUGGAUGGGCUGUCGAAAAGUAAUGAUCUAGUUUUCGUGUUGGCAGCCAGUAAUUUACCUUGGGAUUUAGAUCAAGCUGUGUUGAGACGAUUGGAAAAGAAAAUUCUAGUUGGACUGCCAGACAGAGAGUCAAGAAAGUCAAUUUUUAAAAAGUGUCUUACUUCUGACAGGGCAGAAUUGAAUGAAAACGACUACGAUACUCUGGCAGAAAUGACUGAAGGGUAUUCUGGGUCUGACAUUACGCUUGCUUGCAAGGAAAGUGCAAUGAUUCCUGUUCGAAAGAUAUUCAAACAACUCGAACAAUUAGAGUCUCAAACAGCUAAUAAUGCGACUCAAGGAAAGAGAGACAUGACAGCAAAACCGCAAGAAUUACCGCCGAUGGACAAGGUCAAAAUGAAAGAUAUUGAAUCCUCGCUCAAUAUCAUCAAACCAAGUGGAAAUACCUACGAAAAGCACUAUGCAGAUUGGCAACAAAAAUAUGGUAUUUAA